AUGGCGCGCAUUCUUAUCACAGGCUCUUCCGACGGUCUCGGAUCAGCCGUCGCCAAAAGACUCGUCGCAAAUGGACAUUCUGUUGUUCUUCAUGCACGCAACGCUCAACGUGCAAAGGACGCCACGACAGCUUGUCCCGGGGCUGACACAGUCGUGACGGGCGACUUGUCCAGCCUUGCAGAGACCAAGAACAUGGCAAACGAAGUCAAUAAGCUGGGAGCGUUCGACUGCGUGAUUCACAACGCCGGACUUUAUCAAGGCCCAUUCCGCAAGACAAGCGAGGGGAUUCCAGCCCUGGCAGCCGUCAACACCGUAGCGCCAUAUGUGCUCACCGCACUGAUCACUCGGCCCAAGCGCUUAGUAUUCCUCUCCUCCGAGAUGCAUCAAUCAGGUUCUCCUAGUUUGGACGACGUCCUUUGGCAGAAACGCGGCGAAGGUCAAUACAGCGCAAAUGCCGCCUACUGCGCGAGCAAACUUCACAAUGUGUUGCUUGCCAAAGCUUUCGCCCGCAGAUGGCCUGACGUGAAGAGCAAUGCAUUGGAUCCUGGCUGGGUGGCUACCAAGAUGGGUGGCAGUUCGGCGCCAGGCAGCGUUGAUGCGGCGGUCGAAAGCUACGUUAUGCUUGCUGAGGGAGAGGAAGAGAAGGCCAAAAUGAGCGGGUGCUAUUUCCACCCGGGCAAGCGCCAAGGCACGCCUCACAAAGCAACAGAGGACGAAAAGACACAAGACAAGCUGCUAGAGAUCUGCGCUGAAUUUUCUGUCUCUCUAGAAAGUCGCCAAGCACAGCAGAAAGUCACCAUCGACCUGACGAAGAGAUACCAGACAAUCGACGGCUUCGGUUUCUCAGGCGCAUUCCAGCGCGCAAACCUCAUCGUCAAUCUUCAGCAGCCCAAACAGCGCGCGGUUCUCGAUCUCCUCUUCAACACGACCACCGGCGCUGGCUUCUCAAUUGUGCGCAACGGUAUUGGCUCGACGCCGAAUAGCAACAGCGAUUUCAUGAAUACGAUCCUUCCUAAAUGCCCAAGCACACCAGCGGAAGUCACUACGAACUACAGCGGGUACGUCUGGGAUGCUAAGGAUAGCGGACAGUUGUUCCUCAGCCAGAGAGCACAAGAGUAUGGCGUAAAUACCUUCUACGCGAAUGCAUGGAGUGCGCCUGGAUGCAUGAAGACAAACAACCAGGACACCAACGGCGGCCAGCUCUGUGGUGUCUCUGGUACCAAUUGCCGCUCUGGAGACUGGAAGCAAGCCUACGCGAACUACCUCGUCGCAUACAUCAACUUCUACGCAUCAGCCGGCGUCAAAGUCACACACCUCGGCUUCCUCAACGAGCCCGACUUAUCCACCUCGUACGCCUCAAUGCAAUCAUCCGGCACCCAAGCCGCCGAGUUCAUUAAAGUCCUCCGCCCCACACUCGACCGUGCAAACCUGACUUCCGUCGGCAUAAACUGCUGCGAAGCCACAGGCUGGAACGUCGCAACCCAACACGCGCAGCAGAUCGCCUCUGCCGGCGCCGAAAGCCUCGUCUACGCCAUCACCUCACACGAGUACACUUCGCGCAUCAGCGGCACCAUGCGCACUGCCGCUCGCGUCUGGCAAACCGAGUACUCAGACCUAAGCGGCGGGUGGAGCACAGCCUGGUAUUCCAACGGUGGUGCCGGCGAUGGCUUCACCUGGGCGAACACCGUCUUCAACGGUGUCGUAAACUCCAAUCUGUCCGCGUACAUCUUCUGGGAAGGCGUCCAGGACCGCGCUACGAAUAAUAAUAACAACGAGAAGCUUAUUCUUGUUGAUGGCCAGAACUACCAGGUUAGCAAGCGGCUUUGGGCUUUCGCGCAGUUUCGCGUCGUUAGGCCGGGUGCUGUGAGGGUGGGGGCGAGUGGUGGGGCGAAUGUCAAGGCUGGUGCUUUUGUUAAUGGGGAUGGGAGUGUGGCGGUUGUGGUUAUUAAUUCUGCGGCGGGUGCGCAGAGUGUGAGUGUUGCGCUGGCUGGGUAUCCGGAUGUGAAGGCGUGGUAUACGGAUAAUACUCACGAUAUGAGUGUUGCGAGUGUGACCGUGGGAAGCGAUGGGACUGCAGGCGCAAGUGUGCCAGGUAGAGCGAUGAUCAGUUUUCUGUUCAAGAAGACUGCGAAUGCGACGAUGUCGUAA